AUGUCCAACCUCAACUCUUGGGAAGACGAUCCCGCCGCACAAGACGAGAAUCUCUCGCGGAGAGCUCAGCAGCAGCUCAACGUCAACGCUGGCCAGGGUCAAGGCGGAUUCCGCCCCGGCGCCGCUUCCUUCCAGCCAGGCGCCCAAUCGUUCCAGCCUGGCCAGCCAUACGGCGGAGGUUUUUCCAACCAGUAUCAACAGCAGCAGCAGCAGCAAUACUACCAGCAAGGCUACUAUCCCCAAUAUGGUCAGCAGCAAGGCUUCAAUCAGUACAACCAGGGAGGCUAUGGCGGCAAUUUCAGCCAGGGAUAUAACCAGGGAUAUGGUGGAGGAUACCCUCAGUAUGGUCAACCGGGCCAGGCCCAGCAGCAACCCACACAAGCUCCCGCCUCUGCUGCUCCUGCAGCCGCACCGACUGCCCCCAAGGUUCUAACCAAGGAGGGCGGACCCAAAGUCCUUAGCAUCGGCGGUGAUGCUUCAGCCCCCAAGCCCAAGGCCAAGGUCCUUUCGAUUGGCGGAAGUGGAACUUCCACACCUACCAAAGACAAGGAGGAGGCCAAACCUGAGCCCUCAAACAAGCCAGAGGCUGGCCAGAAGGCGGCUGCUGUCAAAGCUAUCGAGAAGACUGGUGAGAAGGCUGGGAAGGCUGCCUCCUCAAGCAAAUCCUCUGGCAGGACCUCCCCAACUCCAUCUUCCGGACGAUCAAGUCCAUCCGGCCCCGGCGAGAAGAAGGCUCAGCGCGAAGUCGACGCCGUUACCAAGGAACAGGCAGCCGAUGUUGACGACGAAACUCUCAAGGAAGUCUACGGAAAGGAGCAUGUCAAUAUCAUUUUUAUUGGUCACGUCGAUGCUGGUAAAUCUACCCUGGGCGGAUCCAUCUUGUGGACGACUGGCAUGGUUGAUGAGAGGACCAUGGACAAGUACAAGCGUGAAGCCAAGGAUCUCGGCCGAGAGUCUUGGUAUCUGUCGUGGGUCAUGGACCUGACCAAGGAGGAACGUUCCAAGGGCAAGACUGUCGAAGUUGGCCGUGGCUUUUUCGAGACAGAAAAGCGCAGAUACAGCAUUCUGGAUGCCCCUGGCCACAAGACCUACGUGCCCAACAUGAUUGGUGGCGCCUCACAAGCCGAUGUUGGAAUUUUGGUCAUUUCGGCUCGCAAGGGUGAAUAUGAGACGGGGUUUGAACGUGGAGGACAGACGCGUGAGCAUGCUAUGCUUGCCAAGACGCAGGGUGUCAACAAGUUGAUUGUCGUCAUCAACAAGAUGGAUGACCCUACGGUCGAAUGGUCCCAGGAGCGUUACACGGAGUGCACAACCAAGCUCUCUCAGUUCCUGAAGGGAACAGGCUACAACCUGAAGACGGAUGUCUUUUUCAUGCCCGUUGCCGCACAGUCUUCACUCAACAUCAAGGAUCGCCUCCCCAAGGGCAUUGCACCGUGGUGGGAGGGUCCGUCGCUGCUAGAAUAUCUGGACGGCAUGAGCGCUCUUGAGCGCAAGAUCAACGCACCAUUCAUGAUGCCAAUCAAUGCCAAAUACCGAGAUCUGGGUACCAUGGUGGAUGGUAAAAUUGAGGCCGGUGUUGUCAAGAAGGGCAUGUCUCUGGUCAUGAUGCCUCGCAAGCAGACCGUGGAGGUGUCGGCGCAGUACGGUGAGCAAGAGGAAGAAGUUCCCAUUCUGCAGUGCGGCGAUCAAGUACGAAUGCGCCUCAAGGGUGUAGAGGAAGAAGAUAUCCUGCCUGGAUUCGUGCUCUGCUCACCCAAGAGACUGGUCCACUGCGUGGCCGAGUUCGAGGCACAGAUUCGUAUCCUGGACUUGAAGAGCAUCUUGACAUCUGGGUUCAACUGCGUUCUGCACGUGCACUCGGCCAUUGAAGAGGUCACCUUUGCUGCGCUGCUGCACAAGCUGCAGAAGAAUACCAACAGAAAGAGCAAAAUCCCCCCGACACAUGCCAAGAAGGGAGACAGCAUCAUUGCACGGAUGCAAGUGAUUGGUGGAGCAGGAUCUGUUUGCGUGGAGAAGUUUGAGGAUUAUCCCCAGAUGGGUCGCUUUACUCUUCGUGAUCAGGGACAAACUAUUGCCAUUGGCAAGAUCACCAAGCUCAUUACUAACAGCGACUAA